AUGAACCAACACUCCCCGACCUCGUCCUCCGGUCCCGAGGACGCUGCCGAUAACACCGCCGAUGAAGAGGACUCCGAGGACUACUGCAAGGGUGGAUAUCACCCUGUCCAGGUCGGCGAGAAAUUCAAAGAUGGAAAAUACACGGUUGUGCGAAAACUGGGAUGGGGUCAUUUCUCGACGGUCUGGCUCUCGCGAGAUAACACAAACGGCAAGCACGUCGCGUUGAAGGUUGUGCGAUCCGCUAACCACUACACCGAGACGGCCAUCGACGAGAUCAAGCUGCUGCAGAAGAUCGUCCAAGCGAAUCCCAACCACCCCGGCCGAAAAUACGUCGUCAGCCUACUCGACUCGUUCGAGCACAAGGGACCAAACGGCGUGCACGUCUGUAUGGUAUUUGAAGUUCUCGGCGAGAAUCUGCUGGGCCUCAUUAAGAAGUGGCAACAUCGAGGCAUCCCACGGGACCUGGUUAUGCAGAUUACGAAGCAGGUGCUGAUGGGCCUGGAUUAUCUGCACCGAGAAUGUGGUAUCAUCCACACCGACCUCAAGCCCGAGAACGUCCUGAUAGAGAUCGGCGAUGUCGAGCAGGUUGUCAAGAAAGUGGUCAAGACUGAGAACUCGGACAAGGAGAACCACAGGAACGGGCGCCGAAGACGACGGACCUUGAUCACGGGUAGCCAGCCUCUGCCGUCGCCGCUUAAUGCGAACUUUAAUCGAGACAACUUGUUCCCGUCAUCAAAAUCUCACAGCAGCCUCGGCGCCAUGCUGCACGAAGGUCUGUAUUCGCUCAACACUUGCUACCCCUCGCCUCUCUCUGCGCCGCGUGAUCUUCUUACGCGAGAGGUAUCGGGUAUUUCACUCGAUAAGUCUAGCGCCGGCGGCUCUGCAUCUGCAGGCGAGAAGAGGAAGCGAAAGCGGAGGUCUCCGAUUAUUAACGUCAAGAUUGCGGAUCUGGGCAACGCCUGUUGGGUAUCGCAUCACUUUACUAAUGAUAUUCAAACGAGACAAUACCGCUCGCCGGAGGUGAUCCUAGGGGCGAAAUGGGGUGCCAGCACUGAUGUAUGGAGUAUGGCAGCGAUGGUAUUCGAGCUAAUUACGGGCGAUUAUUUAUUCGACCCGCAAUCUGGCACCAAGUAUGGCAAAGACGACGACCAUAUCGCCCAAAUCAUCGAGCUUCUAGGCCCCUUUCCUAAAGAACUUUGGAAGACGGGUCGCUGGUCGCAGGAAAUUUUCAACAAGAGAGGAGAGCUUCGCAAUAUUCACCGCCUGCGCCAUUGGGCCCUGCCUGACGCUGGCGAGGACGAGGAGGCUGUGGAGGAUCUUUUCGCAGAUGAUGAAUCUUCGCUGGAAUACCAACCUUCCGAGGUAUCCGAAUUCCUACUGCCAAUGUUGGAGCUGCUCCCUGAGAGGCGGGCCAACGCGGGCGGUAUGUCUAAUCAUUCUUGGUUGAAUGAUACCCCGGGUAUGGAAGAUGUCAAGCUGGAAGGCAUCGCUCCGGGCAGUAGAGGUGAGGGAAUCGAAGGAUGGGCCAACGAGGUGAAGAAGCGGUAG